GCAGUGAACUAUAAAAUCACACAAAAAAACAAAAAGAAAGCAAAAUAUCAAUGGUGGGUAGAAUGAAAAAUUAGUGGACACUAUUUAUCAAUCAACAGUGACCAGUGACCACCGUCCGGCAGAAAACACAACUUUCCGGUGCGUCCGUAAAACUCCGAUCUUCUUCUCCGGUGAUAUUUCUGCAAAUUAACUUUAUUUCAGAAGUAGAUUGAACGGAAAGGAAAAUAGGUUCUUUGAAGGAGGGGUUGUCCUGAACAGUAGCCAUGGUGCAAAGUAUGUCAAUGAGCACUCUUGCAACUUCUAGAUAUUGCGGAGUUUGUGGAUACACCUGUUUGAGGAGGCAGUUUGGACAAAUAAAAGAAACCACGAUAGGUUUUGGGGAAAGUCAAUUUGUUUGGAAUGAUCAUCGGAAAAGCUUGUCCUUUGCAACCCACAUUGAUAUGCUAAAGCCGAGGAAUUUGAGAGUUCAAGCUGGAUGGUUGUUUAAAGGAGGUGACCAAAGCUCAGAAGCAAGCAUUGAGCGUAGCGAGAAUGCCAAUGAAGAUAUAUUGAUGUUCUUUUUCCAGCUGGACCUGGCUACACGCGUGCAGUAUGCUUUGAAUGUGGAGCAGUAUGAAAUUGCACAACAACUAAGAGAGAAGCUCACUGAGGUGGAAUCAGAGGUUUUGAGGCAGCAGGAAUCCAGAAGGGGAUCAGCCUCAAAGAGUGAAGCUCAAGAUAUGGCUAUAAGCAUCUUGCGUCUACGUGCAGACCUGCAGAAUGCAGUUCAGAGUGAAAAUUAUGAUUUGGCAGCUAAAUUACGAGAUGAAAUUUCCAAGAUAGAGGCAGAAUCUCUGACUGCAUCAAUAAGAGCUCAGGCAUAUGAAAAUGCUCAAUAUGCAUUUCGAUUAGGCCAGAAAGUGAAGCACAAGAAUUUUGGAUAUCGUGGUGUUAUAUGUGGGAUGGACCCAAUAUGUUGUGAAUCAAAUUCAUGGAUGGAAAAUGCUCGAGUAGAAAAGUUGACUCGUGGUUCUGAUCAACCAUUUUAUCAGGUGCUGGUGGAUGUACAAGCAGAUCCCAAUCUGUUAGUAGCAUAUGUACCCGAGGAAAGUUUAGUGGUGCCUAACGAACCAGAUAAGGAUCGAUUUGAUCAUCCCUACGCCUCAUUCUUAUUUUAUGGGGUGGAUACUGCCGGAGAUUUCAUACCAAUCAAGCAGCUGCGCGAGAAGUACAACAAACCUCGGCAUGAGGUGCCUUACGAUCCGGACAACGGGAAGAGUGGAGAAAGUUCCUAGAUGUGACCAGGAGAUGUUCUCCUAUAGGCAAGAUUUGAAUAUAUGAGAAAUUCCAUUAUGGUGGGGUUUACCUCAUUUUGAAAGACUGCACAAUAUCCUCAGAAUACAGAAUACAAUUGUGGAGGCUCUUGUAUAGUUCUGGAGAUUUUGGAUGACCAUGACCAAACUAGAUGGGGCUUCUGUUAUUGUCAGCCAGUUUCAACAGAAAAUGGUCAAUGUAUAUUGAUGUUUUACUUCAAUUCUCCUUUAUAUUUUCCUUUUUUUUUAUUAAAAAAAAUUUCAUCUCAAGUACAACAGAUGAAAAUCUUUCAAUAAUGAAGUCCAAACUCCCAAGUGUUCAUGUUGAGAGUGAUACCAAAUUGUCAACUCUAUUUAGUGUUGUUGAUUGGAA